AUGGACACAGACAAGAUUGAAGCAGACGGCCUCUCCAGUUUAGACGAUGUGUUCAAGGAGAUCAACUUUGUGAAAAACAAAUUUCACUUUAUCGAGAUGACUGCGCGCCUGCAUACACUAGGAGUGCGCAUCAUGUUCGGGUGUCACUCAGGGGCAGAUAUGAAGAAUAG